AUGAAUCUUCUCACGGUUGACAAGCCUACGUGCACAACGACCAAGAAUUCAGCGACAGCGAAAUUGAUGCGAGAAUGCAAAAUCAUCAUUUGGGAUGGAUGCACGAUGGCACAUAAACUAGCUUUGGAGGCAGUUGACCGAACGAUGAAAGAUUUACGAGGUGAUUCGAGACGAUUUGAUGGGGCAAUGAUAUUGCUCUCCGGAGAUUUCCGUCCAACACUUCCCGUCAUUCCGAAAUCUACUGCUGCCGAUGAAAUUAAUGCAUGCCUGAAAUCGUCGUUUUUGUGGUGGCAUGUCAAGAAGUUGAAAUUGACCACGAACAUGAGAACUGCGUUGCAAAACGACCCAUCGGCUGCUGAAUUCUCGAGACAACUGCUGGCGUUUGGUAAUGGACACAUUCCGAUUGAUGUUUUGACUGAAUUAAUAUCGUUUCCGGCAAAUUUUUGUGAGUUCACAUCGUCGAAGGAGGAACUCAUUACAAAAGUGCUCCCAAGCAUUGAGGUCAAUUAUAAAAAUCUUGAUUGGAUGAGUGAACGGGCAAUACUAGCAGCGAGGAAUAAGGACGUCGAUAGCUUGAAUUUUACCAUUCAGAGUAAAAUUGCUGGAGAAUUGCGUUCGUACAAAUCCGUUGACAGCACGACAGACGAAAACGAAGCAGUCAACUAUCCGACAGAAUUUUUGAACUCGCUUGAUGUGCCAGGAACUCCGCCGCAUAAUUUACAGGUAAAAGUGGGAUCGAUCAUUAUUAUGUUGUGAAAUCUAAAUCCUCCUAAAUUGUGCAAUGGUACACGAUUGUCCAUCAAGAAACUGAUGAACA